AUGUUUUUUCUUGCAAUUAAUAUUCCUUGGGCCUGUGUCGCAACGACACAGAAAUACACACUACCAGCAGGUCUCUACUAUGUAGAAAUUCAAGGAGCCAAUGGUGGUAUGUCAUGCAGGAAAAAAGAAACACGAGUUAAUGGUGGAAAUGGUGCAAAAAUAUCCGCUAAUCUUCGAAUUAAAGGUACAAAAACAGUCCAGUUCUUGGUAGGACAAAUGCCACAUUCAACUUGUAGAGCUGUCUGUCCAGGCGGCUAUCCAGGUGGUGGAGCCGGUGGAAAAGAUAAGCUCUCUGGUGUUAAUGGCUACGAUUAUUCAGGUGGUGGUGGUGGCUAUACAGAGCUAAGCCUCGCUGGUACCUCUGCUACUAUAUUACUAGCUGGUGGUGGUUCUGGAGGCGCCAGCUAUCAAAUUUGUGGCUUCGGAGGCGGAGUUGGUUAUUUUGGUGGCCUGGAUGGCAAAAACUCGUUCAUUACUAAGAGUGAUUCAGGAUAUACUUCUAGAAAUGGCGGAGAAGGCGAAAAUUCUUACUAUACUCCAGGAUCUGGUGGUGGUGGAGGGUGGAGAGGAGGCCCUGGAGGUGAUUGGGCUGAUACUUCUGACUGGAAAGCUUGUGGUUAUGGUGGGUCAUCCUACUAUAACACUACUAUGGGCGAUGAGAAUUGGUUUGAUUCUACUCCAACAGUGACAGAUGGAAGACACACCUCAUAUACAGGAGAUGGAUGUUUUAGGAUCUAUACUCAAUACGAAUGCGUUGCUAAUUGUUAUAAUUGUGAUAAUGAUAAAACUUGUUUGAAAUGCAAUUCUGGAACCAAAUCUUAUAAUGGCCUUUGCUAUACUUCUUGUUCUCAAACCCCUGUUGCAACAUAUGAUACUGGAAGCGGAACAUGUGAUGUUUGCCACAGUAGCUGCAAGACCUGCAAUGGAAGAUAUGCCAAUCAAUGUACUUCUUGCAAAUCAGGUCAAGUUAUUUGGAACGGACAAUGUGUACCUGAAAGAACAGUAUCUCCAUCGCCUUCUGCUUCAUUUGCUAUGACUCCACAGUUUACAAAUUCAGAAACUCCUCUCAACACACCUGAAUUAACUCCAGAAUAUACACCAAAUGACACUCCUGUUUUCACUGAGUUUGAAACGCCUUCAAUUACUGCUGUAGAAACACCUCUAGUAACUCCAGAAUUGACUGCAUCAAAUACACCAUAUGAUACACCAUCUUAUACAGCAAUGGAAACACCAAUCGAAACACUUUCUUCAACACAGAGUAUUACUCCUAUUGAAACACCUUAUAAUACCUUACAAUAUACAGAAUCUGAAACACCAUUUGAUACAGUUUAUGAAACAUUAUCUCAAACUCAGAUUGAAACACCAUAUCAAACAAUGUUCGAAACUUUCUCAAAUACACCAUUUGAAACUGCCGUUGACACUCCAUUCUCAACUGCAGUUGAAACGCCUGUUGAUACAAUAUUUGAAACUUUCUCAAAUACACCAUUCGAAACUGCCGUUGACACUCCAUUCUCAACUGUAGUUGAAACGCCUGUUGAUACAGUAUAUGAAACUUUCUCAAAUACACCAUUCGAAACUGCUGUUGACACUCCAUUCUCAACUGCAGUUGAAACGCCUGUUGAUACAAUAUUUGAAACUUUCUCAAAUACACCAUUCGAAACUGCUGUUGACACUCCAUUCUCAACUGCAGUUGAAACGCCUGUUGAUACAAUAUUUGAAACUUUCUCAAAUACACCAUUUGAAACUGCCGUUGACACUCCAUUCUCAACUGCAGUUGAAACGCCUGUUGAUACAGUAUAUGAAACUUUCUCAAAUACACCAUUUGAAACAGCUUAUAUUACCCCUUCAAUAACUGCAAUGGAAACCCCUAUCGAAACAGUAUUUGAAACUUUCUCUACUACACCAAUUGAAACUAUGUUCGAUACUCCUUAUUAUACAUUCUCAGAGACUCCUGUUGAAACUGUAUAUAGCACUCCUUUCAUUACUUCGAGUGAAACACCUUUUGAAACGCCAUAUGAAACUCUUUCAGAAAGUUUUAUUGAGACUCCUUACCAAACAAUAUUUGAAACUCCAAUGAUUUCCAGAAUCCGUUUUAAUGCAGAAACACCAGAAAACACUCCAUCUGAAACGGCAACUUCUCCUCAAUCGAAUGCAGAUAAUCACGAUUCCAUUGGUGGAAACGAAAAUUCAAAAAAGAAACGAAAUUAUUUAAUUAUUGGCAUUUGUGGUGGAUUUAUUUUCUUGGUGAUUAUUGUUUGCAUUAUUGUUUUUAUUGUUGUGCACAAUAAAUCUAAUGAUGAAUUAGAUAAGUCUUCAACUGAUUCUUCUUCAUCAAAGCUUAGAACAGAAACUGUAAUAACAACAAGUGCUCCUGACAAUUCCGUGACCAUUGAUAAUCCUCUAUGGUCAACAACAGUUAAUGAAGAUUCAUCUGAUAUUUUCAAUCAAGAUUUUGAUGAAACACAAGACAGAUAUGGUAUCUUUCUUUAA